AGAGUUUGUAUUUUGAAGGCUCAAAACGGACGUGACGUUAUUUUGUUUACAAAUAUAGCUAGCUAGGAAGCAAUCCGCUGGCAAUUGUUUAUUCAACGCUAGUUCAAUUACAAAACGAUAACAAAAUGAACGGAAUUUACACUGUGUUGUUGGCUGACGCAUAGUCAUUCACAUGGCACUAUAUACUGUGAGGUUAACAUACAUAUUUAGUUUGGUUUUAACUAGCGACCAUCAUGAAGUUGGCAAGCUAAAUGGCUUACUAGCUUUGGUACGUUAUCAGUAUUAGCUAGUGACGAGAUUUUUGGGGACGUGGAUUGUGUGGUAUUUCUGCAAGCUCAUUAUGGAAGGAGUUCUCUAUAAGUGGACAAAUUAUAUGACAGGGUGGCAGCCACGCUGGUUUGUUUUAGAUGAUGGAAUAAUUUCCUACUAUGAUUCUCAAGAUGAUGUCUGCAAAGGGAGCAAAGGAAGUAUUAAGAUGUCCGUCUGUGAAAUCAAAGUUCACCCCACUGACAAUAACAGACUGGAACUGAUCAUACCAGGAGAGCAGCAUUUUUACGUCAAAGCUGUCAAUGCUGCCGAACGACAGAAGUGGCUUGUGGCACUUGGAAGUUCCAAAGCCGGCCUUGCUGACAUGAGGGCCAAUAAAGAAAAAGAAAUAACAGAGACGACAGAAUCUCUGAAAACGAAGAUGUCCGAGCUGCGUCUCUACUGUGACUUGCUAAUGCAGCAGGUCCACACGAUACAGGAGUCUGUGGGCCAGGAGGACCAGGAAGGAGACCACUCCAAUUCCAGCUCGGAGACUCUGAAUGAGGCCUCCUCUUUACUGAGUGCCACGUGUAACACCUUCAUCAAAACACUGGAAGAAUGUAUGAAUAUGGCCAACUCCAAGUUCAAGACAGACAUGGUGCUGUUGAACCCUCCAGAUGACAUGAUGAUGUCCCCUGUUUCUCCGAUACAGAUGGCCCGGAUGAAGCGGUCCAUAAGUUACCCGGGCACGUACAAUUUCGACAGGUCUGGUCUCCCGCCAAAGGAGGGUGUAUUAUCAGGUCAAAGGUCAACCCAGAGGAGGACACGGACUUGUUCGGACACAGAGGCUCACAGUGAAAGCUGUGUUUAUGAGAUGGACCGUCGCAGUUGUAAAUGAGAACUUGUUCUCAACUAGCCUACCUGGUUAAAUAAAGGCACUGCUGUGCUGUGUCUCAAUGCCAGUGUGAAUGGGGACUCCUCCCACAGUAUCUCUGAGGAGUGUGGUGCCAUCAGUCCUACCAGUCCCAGAGCUAUGUCAGACACUCCAGAUACUGACCUGUCCAUCUGACCUGUCCUGUCAUUCACUAAAUACAUUGCAGUAUCUUCAGAUAAAGAGAGACUGGGCCCGAAUUCACAAACCUUCAUAAGAAUAUAUUUUACGUGGUUCAUAAGAAAAUCAUGAAUUAUUAAGAAUAUGUUUGUGAAUUGCACUUAUGAACAAUCUUCUGGACUUUUUUUCCCCUUCUUAUUUUUUCUUUAGAAGUGUUUUGUGAAUCCAGGUCCUGGAGUUGAAAUUGGUAGUCUACUGUCAAGUAACUGGUCCGUCUGGUCAGUAGGCCUGUGCAAACUUGUACGUAUAGUACUGUCUAUCUUUUAUGAAUAAUGACUUGGCUAAAGCGUGAAUAGUUUUGAAUUCUGCAGAGCUGAAUGUAUCAGGUACUUCAGUUACUCCACUGAAGUUAGACUGAUAUGAGGCUACUGUAAUGUGAGGUGUUACCAAGGUUGUGUUCAUUAGGGCACGCAAUGGAAAAAAGUUUUAAAACUAAAAAAGAAAAUGAGUGUUUCUUAUUGAACGACUCCAGUUGUCCUUCCCUGUCGUUUUCUUCCCUUCAGUGCCUAAUGAACACUCCCCAGCUUUUAUUGCUCACAUACUGCAAUGCAGUCACUGCUUGGCAAUGUGUUAAUGGUAUUUUCAAAAAGUAUUGUAUUUUUUCCUGUGGAAGCAUUGCUUUGCACUUUAAGAAUUAUGGAUCAGAACAAAGUCCUUUUUGAAUGUUUGUACUAUUCCAGGAAGUUUUGUUAUUAUUGCAGAAUAAAAUGUUUGGUUUAUUUGAUAUGCAAUGUUACUGUUCAUUCACUAUGGAGUCCCUGUCCUUGUCCUUGAAACACAGAGGUGGGACAUAAUAGCCUUUAACCAAAACCCUUAAAUGUUAGGGUUGCUAACUGUGCCAAGGACCAAUUCAGAAUGUGUGGAUGUGGUUACAUUUUCAUCAAUGGGCUGAGUUCGCAUGCAUCUCCUGGUACCCCGGAUGGGCAGAGUUUGUCUAUUUUAGACCAUUCCAUUGGUCCUAAAGUGAAAUCUCCACCCUCCUAAGUCACUGGGAGAUGCAAAACAAACUUGCCCAACAUUUUAAACUUGGCACGCCCCCAGUGUUCACCAUAUUGCUAUGUGACAAGUUAUGUUUGCCAUUCAUGACAUCCACCAAAAAAGAGUAAUGCCUUAACAGAGAUUCUGGGCAUGGAAGGAGUUAUGUGACUGUAUGAUAUGAUGUUGAUGUUUGAAAUGUAAAGAUGCUUCUUAAAAAUGAAGUGAAAUCA